GAAAAUGUGCCGAGUAGAUACCGGUUUGACAAAACUACAAGAUAUUUCUUUGUGCGCCUGCAUGCUGUACCGAGUGACUGUUACAGUAGGAGGAACUUAAACAGUGGAGGAAUGUCUCCUCAACAAUGCAAGGAGAUAAAUGCUGCACAAGACAGGCCUCUGCAUCAGAUGCCUUCAUUUAAUACAGCGUCAUGCAGACUGGCAGUGGCCCCGUCGGUCCAAGGUCCUACAUCCCAGAUGGAGAAUAUCUCAGACAGAACGCGAGCCGUCAGAUUAUACUUGUGAUGUUGCUUUUGUGUUACCACCUUUGGUUUCAGUUGCACUUUCCAUGUCCAUGCAACUCCAGCAGGAACAUCGCUCACUGCUACAGCUACAUGUUUCUGCCAUGUCUCAUCAUAGCCAGCAUGAUAAUGUGGAGCGACAAGCGGCUUGGAAGAAUCUUUAGGUACCUCUGCUACUACUCAUCAGCCACAAAGAGAGGGUGCAGCUGCAGGGGGAAGUCCUGCUGCGACAUCAUCAUAUACGUUCUUCAGGCUACAGCGUCUGGAUUUCUUUGGUGUGCGUCGGUGCUUGUCGAUGGAGGCUGGUAUUUGUGCUGUGGGAGCUCUGAAGAGGUGAUGACUGUAUCCUGUAUGGAGGAGAGCCAGACCGGUCCAGCCGAGCAGGCGAGAAAAGCUCUCAUGAAAAACCGGUCAAUGGUUUUGGGGUUAGUCUGCAUCCUGCUGACUGUAUCCUGCACGUUCAUUUUGGCCCUGCCGUGGAUGAGGUGGUGCACGGGGAGAAAUCACUUCAGGGCAGCGUUUGAAGAGAACAUACUGGACCAGACAGAAGUUAUUUUGCAGAGGGAGAUGAGGAGCAUGGCUGUAGAUGCUGUGAAAAAGUCCCUGACCCGUCUGUCCACCACUCAAACUGCAGACAAUGCAUUUUUCCCCUCUAAAAAUGACGCCAUGUCACAGAAGGAACCAGAAAUGCUGACCGUAACUGACCAAAUCUUUCAAAAUUCAUGAUGUUUUUUUUUUUUUUUUUGCACUCAAACUGAACCACCACCAAACCUCUGUGCAUGUACACUCCAGUUUGUACAUGUAUAUGUAUGAUUGUAAAAAACAAUUGAAUUUAUAGUGCUAAUAAAAAA